UAUAAUACAGUAUGUAAAUUUAAUUGUAUUUUAUUCCUUUAAAAUAAUUUUGUUUAAAAAUUACAGAAUUAUAUCUUAUAAAAAAACCUUUUUCAAAUUAAAUAAAUUUAGAAAAGUUACAUUAAGUUAUGUUUUUCACAGUUGGCUUACAAAAGAAGAUAAACAAAAAUGAAAUUGCUGUUUGCUGUCCUGUGUUUUGUGCAAAUAGGAAUUCCCGUUGUAGCAAAUGUAUCAUGCAAAGCCAAUGCAAAACAUAUAGUAUUCACUGCACCAACAGACGUAAAUAUGUUUAACAUGACGCUGUAUGUUCGUCUUAUUGGUGAAAAGAAGUGGAUAUAUCAACCAGGAUGCACAAGUUCAAUUGCAAACAAACUAGUUUGUCCGAACAAACUUAUACGCAAUGCACCAUAUUUGAAUAUAAAGACAACACAAAAGACAGGUACCAACACUACGACAACAGAUUACUUUCUCUGGCUUUAUAAAUGCUAUAUAAACCAUGGUGUAAAGCAAAUUACCAUUACACAAAAUGCUUGGGAUGGUUUUGAGAUCAAGUGGAACCACUACAGUUGGGAUGAUAAAUUUAUUCACACUGACCGAGUGAUUGUUAAAAAUAAAAAUAAAUCACAUUCCAGCGAUGUAACUAAGCAGAUGUUUCGCUUUUCGAAGGUGCACAUUAAUAAUGUGUACAAUAUUUGUAUUGAAACCACGUUUCCUUUUUCAGAAAAAAAGUUUUUGAACAUAACGAAUCAGGUCAUGUCCAGGUGUAUCAGUAUUACUACACCUAAAAAACACCAGCAGGACGAAAGUUCAAAUUUAAAAACACCAUUGGUUGCAGUUGGCAUAGGUAUUGUGUUGCUAGUCAUGUUGUGCAUAAUUUUUGUUGUCUACAAUAAGAAAUGUAAACAAGGUGGUGAUCAUGACUACGAUAUGAACCAAGAUGAAGCAUUAGCCGCUGGAGACAAAAUUGAAGAUGUCGAAAUGCAGGAAGAUGAAAAUAGUGAAAAAGAAGUGUUAACUACACAAGAUAACGAAGAACAUUAAAAAUAAAGACGUACACCAACUAGUGCAAUAAAAAUGAGUUUGAAAUCAAUGUGAAAACACAUGAUGUUGUCUACAAAAAUAGGAAACUUUUUCAUUGAAAAAUAGAAAUCUAUUAUGAAUGAAAAUAUUAAUAAACAAAAGUAUUAUGUUUACACGGUUGUAAUUUUAGUAAUACAUGAAUAUGAUGUUUAAAAUAGCAUUUUUUAUGAUUAAUUUCCCUGGAACGCUA